AGCGCUCGUGCUCCUCCUCCUCCAGCCCCCCUCUCCAUGGGGACGCAGCCACAAUGAAAGGCGGAACACCUUCCUGCACCCAGUGACGGGACAGGUCCCCGAGGACGCCUCGAGGCUUGACUUGCCCAAACACAGCUCGGACAUGUCCAGCAAGGCGGGCAGCAAGCGGCCGGCCACCGUCCCCAGCGAGCCCCCCAACCACGCCAUGGUGGCCGAGGUGCCCCCGGAGCGCCCCGGAGGCCGGGCUCCGCGCUCGUCCCGCAAGGGCAUCGCCUUCGGGAAGCGCUCCAACUCCAUGAAGAGGAACCCCAACGCCGCCGUCACCAAGAGCGGGUGGCUCUACAAGCAGGCCAGCUCGGGGGUGAAGCAGUGGAACAAGCGCUGGUUCGUGCUGGUGGAUCGGUGCCUCUUCUACUACAAAGACGAGAAGGAGGAGAACAUCCUGGGCAGCAUCCCCCUGCUCAGCUUCCGCGUGGCCGCCGUGCAGCCCUCGGACAACAUCAGCAGGAAGCACACGUUCAAGGUGACGGUGUGCUGGGUGCAGGAGCUGCCGGCGGGUAACGGGCAGUCCCUGUCUCCCCAGGCCGAGCACGCCGGCAUCCGCACCUACUUCUUCAGCGCCGAGAACACGGAGGAGCAGGAAUCCUGGAUCCAGGCCAUGGGCGAGGCCGCCCGCGUGCAGAUCCCCCCGAGCCAGAGGCACGAGAAGCCGGACUCGGAGAACAUCCCCCCCAGCAAACACCACCACCACCACCACCACUGCAACGCCGCCCACCGCGAGCACCCCAAGGCCGAGCCCGACGCCAAGACCCGCGGGGAGGGCGACGGCCGCGGCUCGGAGAAGAUGGAGCGGAAGCCGUCGGAGCGGGCGGACGCCAAGAAGGAGCCUCUGGCCAAAGCCAACGGCCUCGGCGGGCAGGAGCCGCCCUCGGAGCCGGGCAGUCCCUACCCCGAGGGGCCGCGGGGGCCGGCGAGCGCCGAGCGGCCGGCACAGCCCAACGGGUGGCCGUACCCCUCGCCCAGCCGGCCCGGCAGCACCGCCUUCCCCGCGGCGGGUGACGGCGAGAGCGGGGCCCAGCGCCGCGGCGUCACCCCCAGGUCCCACCCCGAGAAGGUGGCCCAGCGCAAGAGCUCCAUGACGCAGCUGCAGCAGUGGGUGAACUCCCGCCGCGCCACCGCGGCCCCCGAGGAGCUGCGCAGCCCCACCAGGUUUUACCCCGUGUCCCGCCGGGUGCCCGAUUAUUACUCGCCCUACUCGCCGCAGUACCCCGAGGAGUACCAGUACUACCCGCCGGGCGUGCGCCCCGACAGCAUCUGCUCCAUGCCCGCCUUCGAGCGCGUCAGCCCGCCGUGGGCGCUGGAGGACAAACGCCACUCCUUCCGCAACGGGGGUCCCUUCCACGCCGCCUUCGGCCGCCAGGACGUCCCGCUGUGGCUGCCGGCGCCCGCCAGGCCGCCGAGCUACCUGGACGAGGUGGACGCGGCCUCGGGCUCGCUGCGGAGGAUGUCGCUGCAGCCGCGCUCGCGCUCCGUGCCGCGCUCGCCCAGCCAGGGCUCCUACGGCCCCGCCAGGGUUUACUCGCCCGUGCGCUCGCCCAGCGCCCGCUUCGAGCGGCUGCCGCCCCGCGGGGACGAGAUUUACGCCGACCCCGCCGCCUUCGUGAUGCGCAGAUCCAUCAGCUCGCCCAAGUACGAUUACCUGGGUGACAGGCGGCCCGUCCCGGCCGGGGUGUACCCCUACCACUUCCCGGCGUCCCCCACCAUCCACGACAAAAUGGAUGAACUUUUAGACCUUCAGUUGCAAAGAAACCUAGAAUAUUUGGACCAGCAGAUGAGCGAGAGCGAGACCCUCAUCACUAUGGUGAACAGGAUGGUGGAGACCUCCUCCCCUAGGGCCCAGCUCUACAUGCAAGUGACGCCGUUCCCGGAGCCCUACAGGGACACCCUGCACCCCUACAAGAUCAGCGAGCAGGACACCGAUAAGCUGCUGGGGAAGCUCUGCGAGCAGAACAAGGUGCUGCGGGAGCAGGAGAGGCUGGUGCAGCAGCUCCGGGCUGAGAAGGAGAGCCUGGAGAGUGCCCUGAUGGGGACACACCAGGAGCUGGAGAUGUUCGGGAGCCAGCCCGCCUACCCGGAGAAGCUGCUGCACAAGAAGGAAUCGCUCCAGAACCAGCUCAUCAACAUCCGGGUGGAGCUGUCCCAGGCCAGCACGGCCCUGGCAAACAGCACGGCCGAGUACGAGAGCCUGGAGAGCGAGGUGUCCACCCUGCACGAUGACCUCUGGGAGCAGCUCAACCUGGACAUCCAGAACGAGAUGCUCAACCGGCAGAUCCAGAGGGAGAUCUGGCGCAUCCAGGACGUGAUGGAGGGGCUGAGGAAGAACAACCCCUCCCGAGGCACCGACACGGCCAAGCACCGAGUGGCCCUGGGCCCCUCGGGCACGUACAGCUCCAACAGCCCUGCCAGCCCCCUGAGCUCUGCCAGCCUCACCAGCCCCCUGAGCCCCUUCUCCCUCAUCUCCGGCUCCCAGGGAUCGCCCACCAAGCCAGGCCCCGGCGAGGAACCGGGCCCGCCUCGACCUCCCCUCCCCAAGUCCUACGUGCCCCUGGAGUCUCCUCCGGCCGUUCCUCCGCUCCCCAGCGAGAGCCGCCUCUGGCCCUACCCCGCCUCCCCUUCCUGGCACCAAGGAGAGGCCAAGCGGGGACAGCCCAAACCAGGCCUGGAGCAGAGCAAGAAGGAGCCCCCCCGGCCCAGCCCCCCCGGGCCCGCCCCCGAGGGGCUCCCGCAGAGCCGGCCCGAGCACGACGGCGACAAACAAGGAGCCCUCAACAAGGUGGGAAUCGUCCCCCCCAGGACCAAGUCUCCGGCGGAGGACGAGGUGGUGCCCAGGAGGAAUGGCCUGGCCAACGGGCUCGGCUCCCGGGAGAGACCCAAGAGCGCCGUGUUCGCCACCGAGACCAAGGUGAAGAUGAGCGUGGAGGAGCAGAUCGACCGCAUGAAGCGCCACCAGAGCGGCUCCAUGAAGGAGAAGCGGCGCAGCCUGCAGCUCCCCGGCCCCCAGCCCGACCCCCCCGGCACCAAAACCCCCUCCUCCUACAAGGUGGUGCGGCGGCACCGCAGCAUCCACGAGGUGGACAUCUCGGACCUGGAGGCCGCGCUGCGCUCCGACGAGCCCGGCAAGGUGUACGAGACGCCGCAGGAGGAGAUCGCCCGGCUGCGCAAGAUGGAGCUGGAGCCGCAGCACUACGACGUGGACAUCAACAAGGAGCUGUCCACGCCGGACAAAGUCCUGAUCCCCGAGCGCUACGUGGAGCUGGAGCCCGAGUCGCCCCUCAGCCCCGAGGAGAUGAAGGAGAAGCAGAAGAAGGUGGAAAGGAUCAAGACUCUCAUUGCCAAAUCCAGCCUGCAGAACGUCAUCCCCCUGGGCGAGGGGGAGGUGGACGCCCCCCAGGACCCCGAGGUGCAGCUGCAGGAGCAGGAGAAGAGGAUCGAGAUCUCCUGUGCCCUGGCUGCCGAGGCCUCGCGCCGCGGCCGGAUGCUCUCGGCUCAGUGCGCUACCCCCAGCCCUCCCACCUCCCCAGCCUCCCCGACUCCACCGACCAACCCCCUCUCGUCCGAGCCGCCCCGGGCCGACAGCAGCCACCUCAUGCGGGUGUGAGCCUGUGACCUCAAGCCCUGGCUGCUGCCGGCGCCACCAAGUUCCACGGGGCCACGUUUUAGUCCCCUCCUGAGGUGACACCGAGCCUCGCGCCACCGUCCUCGGUUCUCCCGGACCCCCCUCCCUCCCUCCGGCGGCGACACCAGCGGGAGAUGUGGCACCGACGGGAGCCCCGUCCCAAGGAGACGGAGGAGGGCCGGGGUUGUCCCCAAGGAGCCCCCAGGGCUGUCAGUGGCCACAGGGACACACCUGGACACAUGUGACAGUGGCCACAGGGACACACUCAGCUGUGACAGUGGCCACAGGGACACACCCAAACAGAUGUGACAGUGGCCACAGGGACACACCCAGCUGUGACAGCGGCCACAGGGACACACCCAAACAGAUGUGACAGUGGCCACAGGGACACACUCAGCUGUGACAGUGGCCACAGGGACACACCCAAACAGAUGUGACAGUGGCCACAGGGACACACUCAGCUGUGACAGUGGCCACCGGGGCACACCUGGACAGCUGCGACUGGCCACCAGGACAUCCCCGGGCAGCUGUGACAGUGGCCACAAGGACACACCCGGACAGAUGUGACAGCGGCCACCGGCCCAAUGGCAAGCACAGGAGUCCUGGGACAGCCCCCCAAGGUCUGUGACGGGGCUCUUGGGGUGGGGACCCGCCUGUCCCCACCACGGAUGGUGCUGCCACCUCCCAGCGCACCUGGGGGCUCCUCGGGCGCCGUUUCCCCUCCCUGAGCUCUGAUUUUGGAACCCGUCUGUGUCACCGCCCGCGGCUCAGCCCGAGGAAGAGGGGACAGGGCGGAUGGAGGUGGCACUGGGGGGACACGGAGGUGCCCAGCGCGCUCCAAGGGCUCUCCAAGCGCGGAGCGGGAGCUCUGGGCAGGGAUGGGGACGUGGGAUGGGGGCAGAGCAGAGAAUUGGGGUGCCAGGCGGGAUAAGGGAGCUGUGGGGUCGGCAGGGACCCCCCUCUGGAGGGUGGGGACGGUGCUGAGGAGGGGUUUGGGGACAGCAGGGUCACCUGGGGACCCACUGCCACCCUCCAAAAAUCCCGCGGCUCUCCAGCCCCUUCCAGCGGUUCGGAUUUCCUGUAGCAAAUUCCCCCUUUUCUUUAUCAUCCUGGAGGGUGGGAAAGAAGCAGAAUCCCUGGAAGGAUGCGAGCGUGGCAGGGCGGACGGAGCCAGGAGCCGGAUCCCAAAUCCCAAAUCUCCAAUCCCAAAUCCCCUCCAUCCCUCCUGGCCCGAUCCCAAACCCCCAGGACCUCCCUGCAUCCCAAUCCCAACUUAGCAAUACUUGUAGGAUCCCUGGAGCCCUAAAUCGCGCUCCCGAGCCCCCCCCAGCCCCUUUAGCUCAUAAAGCUGGCCCUUUAUUUUGCUAUUUACAUGCCUUAAUAUAUGUUUGAUGGAAAUUCUACAUUUAUAAUAUAUAUCUAUAUUUGGUUUUCCUCUUCUUUUCCCGGGAAAAAGCUCGUGCUGAGCUCUCUCUUCUCCGCAGGAUUUGUUGGCGCCAGCUCCGCCAACAAAAAAAAAAAGAUUCUUUACCAAUUUAUCAGAGGGGGGAGGAAAUAAAAAAAAAACAACAAAAAUAAAAAAAAAAAAAGAAGAAGAAAAAAAAGGGAAAAAAACUAUUUAAAAAUAUAUAUCUAUUUUUUCUGCUUUUAUUAAAAGCAAAUUUAUUUAAAAUAAAAUAUACAGAGACUGUAAGUUUGAAGAGAGGAUGAGUUUAUUUCCCUGUGUCCCCUCUCGGGUCACGGGGGCAGACCCCCCCUUACUCUGGGGACACCUUGGGGACAUCCUGGGGUGGCCGUGGGGCAGCAAUUCCCAUCUCCGGGACCCAAAGCUCCCAUCCCACCCUUCCCAAAGCCACCAGCUGCUGUCCCCAAGGUGUGACCCGGCCGCGAUUUUAUUUUAUUUAAAAAAAAAAAAACCCGAUAAUAAUAAAAAAAAAGGAAACCAAACCUUAAUGUAUUCAUUUUAUUUUGGUUAUUAUUUUUCAUAAACACUUCAUAAAGCAGUGACUUGUUAACCCGGACAGGAUUUGCAUCGGGAGGAAAUAAAUAAAUAAAUCUAUUUAUGCAUUCGGAGAGGGUGGGACGGGAGGGCUUUGGUUUUCUGGGAUAUUUUCCUAGCGGUAGAGAAAUAAAAAUAUCUAUGAAACAG